AUGGCAGAGAAGCAACAGAAAACCAUCCCGUCCUAUAGUCAGGUUGCCUGUAUCGGCACGGGCUUGUCAGGCAUUGCCCUCGGCGCGACACUCAAAAGAUGGUAUCAGAUGGAUGAUAUCCGAUUCUUCGAGCGAAAUGGCGGUGCGGGAGGCACAUGGUAUAUGAACACCUAUCCAGGCUGUGCUUGCGAUGUCCCAAGUGCCCUUUACAGCUUGUCGUUUGCUCCAAAUGCGGGAUGGACAAAGUUGAUGCCUCCGCAUCAAGAGAUCAAAGCAUACCAAGAUCGGGUCAUUGAUCAGUAUGGUCUGCGCAGCAAAAUGUCUUUUCGCACCGAGGUCCGGCAGUGUAUCUGGCGGGAGGACGCAUCACGGUGGCUGAUGGUUCUGUGCAAUCUGGACUCGCAAGAGGAAUUCUACCAUGAAUGCCAGGUGCUCUUCUCGGCUUCAGGGGCCCUAGUCAAACCGCGCCCGUGUGACAUCCCCGGUGCAGCCUCGUUUAACGGGGCGCUUUUUCAUUCCGGACAGUGGAAUCACAACGUUGAUCUGAAGGGGAAAAAGGUCGUUUUAAUUGGAAACGGAUGCACCGCUGCCCAGAUCGUGCCCGCGAUCGUGGACCAAACGGAGUCAUUAACCCAAGUCAUCCGUACCAAGCAUUGGAUCUUCGAGUCUAUGAACUUCCCUUACCCUCCGCUGUUGCUAUGGAUCUUCCAGCAUGUCCCGUUGGCGCUGAAGUUCCAUCGUUUUCAGAUCUUCAUGCUCGCUGAGCAGGCACUCCGGAUGUUCUUCAUGGACUCGCGAGCAGCGAAGCUGCGUGACCAAACGCGAGAGAAGGCCGACAAGUUUAUGCGAGAUACCGCUCCAGCAAAAUAUCAUGAUCUUCUAAUCCCCGACUUCGACGUGGGGUGCAAGCGACGAAUUUUUGAUCCCGGAUACCUAAAAUCACUGCACAACGAUAAGAUUCGCUUGACCGAUUCCAAGAUUACAGAGAUCGUGCCGGAGGGGAUCAAGACUGUAGAUGGGUUGAUCCCCGCGGACGUGAUCGUGCUGGCGACGGGCUUCCAAACAAACCAUUUCACUCCGUUUAUGGAUAUUCACGGCAAGAAUGGAACCAUUCGGGAGCAUUGGGAGCAGUGGGAUGGGCCCGGUGCAUACAACACGUCUGUCCUCAGUGGAUUUCCGAAUUUCUUCCUUCUACUGGGCCCUAAUUCAGCAACCGGCCACACCUCGGCUCUGAUGGCCUCAGAGAACACCAUUAACUACGCCCUGCGGAUCUUGAAACCGGUGUUGAAUGGCGACGCCGCAUCGGUCGAAAUCAACGAGGAUGCCGAGAAGCAAUAUGUAUACAAAGCGCAAGAGGCUCUUCAGCAGCGGGUUUGGAAUGCAGGGUGCAAUUCGUGGUACAUCAACGAGAAGCGGUGGAAUGCCAUGGCCUAUCCCUGGUCACAGGCACACUUUUGGUACCGCAGCCUGUUCCCAACCUGGUCGGAUUGGACAAUCAAGGUCGGUGACACCCUGAAUAUUACUCUGUAA